ACUGGCGGAGCUUGGCCCCUCUUUGGAUUUCCGGAAGUGGAAAGUUGACAUGCAGCUGUAGUAAGGAAGAGGAGAAGAGACCAAAAAGAACUGGUUCAUCAAAUAUUGCCCAGCACUGUGGUGUUAAUGCAAGCCUAGAGGUCGUUGACAAAGACAGCUGUUGAAUUCUGCUUUUGAGAGCAUUAAUGGUGAUGCUUCAAACAAGCGAUCCAGGGGCUACCAGCAAAGACCAGUACCUGAAGGCAUUGGACGCCUGAGAGCUUGCAAAGGAUAAAGCUGGCAGCCACAGCAGCAGCAGGAGGACUUCAAGGAUUAAAGGUACUGCUGGUGUCCCCCUUGAAGGAGCAGAGGGACCUGCCCCCUUGGACUUAAGUCACAGAGCCAAAAGAUCAUUAUCCUCUGCUUGCAGGGAGAGGAGAUUGCCAAACAAGUCAGCAAUGGCCAACUCUGUCCUUUCUUCCAGUCAGCAGCAACCCAAUGGCAAAACUUCUCCCUUCUCCCCCUGCAGACAUGCAGGUGGUGGAGAUGGUGGAGGAGGAGGACCUUUUCUGGAGUCUCCACCCACCAAUCAGGAGCUGCUCCCCAGAGAAGAGCUGGACGGUAGAUGGCAGCCAAGAGAGACCAUGCAGCAGGGUGGCAGCCUGGUGAGUGAAGACUGUGCCUGCCCAGCUACGGAAGGUGCAGUGACUCCUCCACCCGCUGGAGAAAGCCAAGCUUCUGGCAUCCUGGAAGGUGCUGGUGGUGAGGGUGGUGGCCAGACCUGUGCUGCAGCUGCAGAUGUCGAGCAGGCAGGAGUCGGAAGGUAUUUGGGGGCCCAGGAGAACCAGCAUAGCCAAGGAAAUUGUGGGCCUGGGGGCCAGAGGUGCAGGCCCCAAACUGGAGGCGAGGAGGAAAGGCAGCUUGGCAAAAAGAAACAUAGGAGGCGCCCCUCCAAGAAGAAGAGACACUGGAAGCCUUACUACAAGCUCAGCUGGGAAGAGAAAAAGAAGUUUGAUGAGAAGCAAAGCCAACGUGCUUCAAGGCUGCGGGCUGAGAUGUUUGCCAAGGGGCAGCCGGUCGCACCCUACAACACCACCCAAUUCCUGAUGGAGGAUCAUGACCAAGAAGAGCCAGACCUGAAGACUGGACUCUGUCCUAAGAGGUCUGCUACCAAGUCAGAUGACACCAGUGAAGAAGACUUCAUGGAGGAAGAGGACGGUGGCAGCGAUGGGAUGGGAGGGGAUGGAAGUGAGUUCCUCCAGAAGGACUUCUCGGAGACCUAUGAAAGGUACCACGUGGAGAGCCUGCAGAACAUGAGCAAGCAAGAGUUGAUCAAGGAAUACCUGGAGCUGGAGAAGUGUCUUUCCAGGAUGGAGGACGAGAACAACCGGCUGCGGAUGGAGAGCAAGAAACUUGUGGGGGACUCAACAGAGGAUGCCAGGGUAAGGGAGCUGGAGCAGGAACUGGGCAGGUUGAGAGCUGAGAACCAGAAACUCUUGAAAGAGAAUGAACUCAGCAGACAGCAAGAGAGAGCUCUUCCCAAGGUGGGAGAGUAAAGCUUGGGCAAAUUGGGAAGGUUUAAGAGGGGGAGUGACAAUGCCUUUUCCCAAGAUGAGAAUGCAAGAUCCAUGUUGUGGGUGUGUAAAUAUAUAAAGACAAUGGACCUUUUGGGGGGGAGGGUGACUUAAUCAGAAUAAAAUCAAAAUCUUGUAUUGUUUUUGAAUAUAUAGUUAUAACAUA